AUGCACGCAAUCAAACAUAUCCUUCUCCUUCUCGUCUUGUUUGUCUUUCUGACCACCCACACCCAUGCACUAAGCGAGCGCUCCGAGGUUGAUGGACCAUGCAUAGGAGCCAAUAGCAAUCCCGGCGUUUGCAUCAAGACGGACAAGUGUACACAAGGCGGAGGUAGCUACAUUUCAAAUGCCUGCCCAGGGACACCAGACAACAUCAAAUGCUGUACAAAACCCCGCUGCGGUACGAACGAUAAAGGCCAUUGCCGCUUCACGUCGUCGUGCGCCUCGGGCAUCACGGAGACCAAUAAAUGCCCUGGCCCUACCACUUUCAAAUGCUGCAUGCCGGCUGGUGGUGGAUGUGGAGUGCCUGACUUCCCAAACACAAGCUCUGGUUGCAAGCAGAUGGCCAUCGACGGAGCGAAAGCCAUUGUCGCUGCGUUCCCGUGCAAAAUCAAGUCGAUUGGUUGUAUCAGGAAGUGUAGUGAUCCCAGCUCGAGUGAUCACUGUACCGGUAUGGCAACUGACAUGAUGGUCGCUGAGGGUGGAGUGAGUGUCACAACUGGAGAGCCUAUCGCCGAGUGGGUAAUGCGUCACGCAAGCGCGCUGCACAUCGCGUAUGUGAUGUGGGGUCAGAGAAUCUGGAGCUCGAACAGAGACUCGGUCAAGCCGUGGUCGGAGUGGAGGUACCAGUCAUGCACCAAGAUCAAGAACUGCAUCAAUGGGGAUCGAGGUGACAAUACUGCAAAUCAUUGGGAUCAUGUCCACGUCAGCUACAAGUCUUAA